AUGUGGUCUCUCCGUGCUUCGCAAGUCAUCGACUGGUUCGUCACUGCAGCAAUCCUCUUUCUUAUCUCUGUCUGUAAUGCCAUCGUCCUUUGUGCCAAGUUUUUCUUUUCAGCUUCUGCCUAUUUGCUGAUUGCUGUCGCUGAAGACCACCUUGAUGAGGUUGCGGUUGCCUACUGUCGAAGGAAGAACCUCAUCAAAGAGAAGAAGACUGUUACCAUUGCCUCGCCUCCACCGAAGCUAUUGAAGACCAUCGCUGUCAAGACCAUCCCUGCAUGGGCAAGUGCAACUGAUAUUGAUGGAGUACGAUCUGAAUGCCUCGCCAAUGCUUCCUUUCGCUUCAAGCAUUCCUUUCGGCCCGAUACUGAUCAUGUGCAAGGCUCUGUCUUCUUGCAACAGUUUGAAUCAACAAAGCUACACCGAAUCUACAUCAAGGGCUUCAGCCAUGUGAAGAACACUCACCUUGCCAUGAAAGGAGAUCCAUUCGAUGGUCCUGUGUGCCUUCCAAUCGAUUGUGGAUACACAACGUAUGAUGACAUUGGAAAGAGCCAAAAGAGAGGUGUCAAACACUUUCUUCUCAGACUUGAGUUCGAUGGCAAUGAUGAGGGCCUUGAGUACCUUCAGAUCAUUGUGGAAGUAGGCAACUCGAGCUCCAAGCUUAGCAGUUGCCUUGCUUUCCAGCAGCAGCUUAUCCUGGCCUUAGAAGGCAGUGCCGUUGAUGAAGAGGAAAAGAUGAGCGAGUAG